AUGGCAGCCAACUCACUGAGGUCGCCUGUUGUGCUUCUCCUCUCUCUGCUCACCUUCCUCCCCUCUGCCUGGGGGCUGAGCAAACAGCAGCAGAAUAAAAUAGUGGCUGCCCACAAUAAAUACCGCUCUGAAGUUGCUGCCACCAACAUGAUGAAAAUGAGCUGGGAUGUGAACCUGGAAAGAAUUGCUAAGGAAUACGCACCAAAGUGUGUGUGGGUCCACAAUUCUGGAAGAGGACGUACAGGAGAAAACCUGUAUGCGACCACUGAGAAAUUGAAUGUGGAGGAAGGAGUGCGAGCCUGGGCGAGAGAAGCAAAUUAUUAUACUUAUGAAAGCAUGACUUGUGAAAAAGGCAAAAUGUGUGGGCACUACACACAGGUUAUAUGGGCCACGACUGACAAAGUGGGCUGUGCUGAUCAGUUUUGUGAAACAGUGAAAGGCCUGCCUUACAAAAAGCUCUCUUUUCUGGUCUGCAACUAUUUACCUCCAGGUAACAUAUUGUACCAUAAACCAUAUAAUAAAGGAACUCCCUGCAGUGAAUGCCCAGAUGGAUUUACAUGUCAUAGAAACCUUUGCACCGUUGCAAAGAAAGGGAGCAAGGGAAAUAAGGAAAAAGAAGCCAACAAGAAAGACUCUGCAGUAUACCAAGCCACUAUUGAUUGUAGACUAGCCAGCGUGACUUCUCAGUGGGACUUGAGAGGAGAAGACCAGACAUUGGAAGCUCGGGAAUCCUCACACUUUGCUCCUGUUAACCCUGCAAACCACAGCCCUAAUGGUUACAGUGACCUUAGCUCAAGAAACAGCAGGAAGCUUUUUCCAAGAUUGGAAAAUACUGAAAUAGAAGCAACCAUCAUUGAAGAAGGUGUACAUUAUACUACCGUCCAAGCAAAAAAGACACAUGAUGUUACCAUCAAAAUAAUCAUUGGGACAACAGCCCUUCCAAGUGUCGGGACGUUUCAGCAUGCUAAAGGUCCCAUUGUGCGAACUGCCUUUGGCCUUGUGAGGGGCACUCAGAACUCCAGGUCACAGAGUUUUUAUGAUCCCUAUGCAGACCCACCAACCGGCCAGUACAGAUGGAAGUAUCCUCGCAAGCUGUCACCGUGGAUAGGAAUAUACAAUGCUCUGUACCCCCGAGCAGGAUGUACCCAAGUCUGCAAUCAACCUCCUUUUGCAUGCCCUCUGCAAAUCAGUGAAGACUGCCUAUAUCUGAAUGUCUUUGUGCCCUUGGCCGUGAAUGUGUCUUCCCUUCCUAAAGUGCUUCUUCCAGUCAUGGUGUGGAUUCACGGGGGCAAUUUCAAAGAUGGUGCGGGCUCAGCUUUACUGUUUGACGGAAGGUUUUUUUCUAACCUGACUUACACCAUUGUGGUCACCAUUAACUAUCGACUGGGAGCCCUCGGCUUCCUUGUCACAGGAAACAAUCCGGAAACAUCUGCUACUGGAAAUUAUGGGUUUUUUGACCAGCAAACAGCACUCCUGUGGAUCCAACAGAAUAUAAUGGCCUUUGGUGGUGAUCCAAACAAGGUGACACUAUUUGGUCAGAGUGCAGGGGCUCAGUCUGUGGCUUUGCACCUCACUGUACAGAGCAGUGAGCUGCUAUUCCAACGAGCUAUUGUGGAGAGCCUUCCAUUCUCACUGCGUUUAAAAACAAGGACAAAUGCUAUUAAACUGGGAGAAUAUUUUUCAAAACUCGCAAAUUGCUCCACACAGGGUCUGGCUUGUUUAAUGGCCCUGACACCAAAUGAGAUAAUUGCAGCCCAGAUUAAAGCAGCGAGCGAGGACAUAAAUCCAUUUGAGGUAGUGGAAGCAUUCCAACCCUGGGGGCCAAAUCUUGAUGGAGAAACCAUCCAAGAGGAAACUGUGUUGGCUUUCAUUCAAACCAGAUGGCAGAAGGGAAAACCCAUUAUGUUAGGAACAACCACAGAGGAGGGAAUCCUAUUCAUAUAUAAGGCUCUUUCAAGUCCCGUGUCUAAGGCUGCAUACUUUGAAUACUUAUCACUUGUGUUCAAUAGACACGCUCCUUGGAUCGUUCUCGAAUAUCCCCCUCUCCAGACACAUGAUCAGCGCCAGCUCCUUGCAAAGGUAUCCGCUGACUACGUCUUUCUUUGUCCAACACGGAAAGUUACUCAGUCGAUCACUCGUGUGGGCAGUCCUGUUUGGCUUUACGUCUUUAGUUAUAAGGCCUUUGCAUCUAAGGCCUGGGGAAACAAAACAUACUGUUACAAUCAUGUCUGUCACGGGUCUGAGCUGCCAUUCGUGUGGGAUACUGUCAGUCUUAUGAACUACACUUUCACUCCUGAGGAACAAACACUGGCGAAUUAUAUGAUGUGUUUCUGGGGUAACUUUGCUCACCAUGGUAAUCCCAAUUCCCGUAAGGAUCAUGGCAAGUUCUCUGAGCUCUGCACUCUCCAACCAGUAAUAAACUGGCCACAGUACACACUUCAGAACUCCUGGUUUUACUUGAACUUCACAUUGCCACCUAAUGUUCAGGGAGACUUCCACAGAAAACACUGCGAUUUCUGGGACAAGCUCAACAUUUAUUAGUGCGUGAAGUCUGCCAAAUCUGAUGAAAAAAUAUUUUAGCAGUGAAAUAUGCUUUUCCCUGCAUCAGAAAAUUGUUCGGCCAAACACAAUCCAUGCAAACUGAGCACCUUCAAUUCAAUGUGUUCCUUGACAAAUAAACAGAAUACAAGAGAGAGAUUGUCUGGUGGCUGAAUACAAGGUCUUGAAUAUUUCCACGUAAUCUGAAAAUUUGUGAAGCAAUAAAUCAGGAUUUACAUCCAAACAAUAUAGGAACAAGACUGGAAAUGUGUGCAAUGCACAUUUAGUACCACUAGUCAUAUCUGAUGCUUUUAUAACUGCUCGUUUUUGUAGUCGAGAACAAGUAACACCACAACAAAUCUUGUUUUGCUGUGUCUCUGUAGAGUUUUUAUAUUAUAAUAUUUUGAUUAUUGUUAUUACUAAAUCCCAAAGUAGUUAGAGUUGCUACGGAGCAAGGACGGGUAAUUGGACUUG